AUGCCCAGUCGGAGAGGCAGCGAGUUGUUCGUGAUGGCUACCGUUCCGGAUCCCGGCAUCACUGUUGAUUUUCAAAAUCCAACGCGACGGAUGACACUUCGCUGGAUUACAGGCAACACUGGUUCGCCACUCUGCCAAGAGAAGGCAUUAAAGGAGAUGGGCAGCGCGGAAGUUGAAUGCGACUUUCUGAAUCGAUUGCUAGCGACGUUACCACAGCACGAAGUUCCCUUCCACUGCGAGAGGGGGGAUGUGCCGAAUGAAGCCAUCUAUCGCGAUCGACUGGGCUUGCUGCAGAUGGCCACAACCAUUCAGCAUAGCAGACCGUUGGAAGAAAUUAUUCCAGUGCUGCAGGCAGAGCGUCUCCGACCCCGACAAUCUGAUCACGUGGAAAUUUGGUUCGAUAACGUCGCAGAAGAUGUGGAUACCCCUGCUGACCCGAGGUUUGCCGCCGCAUUUGAGCAGGUGGGC